GUGCCGGUGCCCGGUUGGGCGGCGGGGCCGGUGCCGGUGGCGCCAUGUGGGUCCGGGGGCUGUGGGCGCUGCUGGCCGCGCUGCGGGCCGGCUGGUGCCUGCUGCCGCAGGCCGGCUACCUGCACCCCGACGAGUUCUUCCAGUCGCCCGAGGGGAUGGCAGGAGACAUUUUAAACCUACAGGUCUAUUACCCGUGGGAGUUCCUUUCCAGCUCUCCUUGCAGAACAGUUGUUUUCCCAUUAAUGACAUCUGGAGUUACCUACUGGGUGAUCAAGUCUUUGCAGCAGCUGGAUGUAUGUUCAAGUUGCAUCAACAGCUACACCCUUCUCGUGUCACCUCGCCUUCUCUUUACCAUCUUUUCUUUCAUCCUCGACUACAGCGUUUAUCGAUUAGCUCCUCUCUGGGAAGCGGAUCCGUGGAAAGCACUGGUACUUCUUGCCGGCUCCUAUGUCACUCUGGUAUUUUAUACAAGAACGUUUACCAACGCGCUCGAAGGACUUCUCUUUGCUCUUCUGAUGGUGCUGGUUUCCUCAAGAAAGGCCGAUGGCAGCGUGGCAGAGCCUACGAGCAGCCCGCUCAUAGGUAUUGUAACCACUGCAGGGUUUUUCAACAGGCCAACCUUUCUGGCGUUUGCUCUAAUGCCCCUGCUUUACUGGGCAGGUUUAAUUGUUGACUCUCAAAAGAGCAUUAAAACUGUCAUAAACCACUUUUUGAAGCUUGUCCUAUGUGCAUGUUUUACUGCCGUUGUUUUCAUAACAGCCGACACCUUCUAUUUUACCUCCGUGGGCUUAGACAACCUCUACAGCAUUAAGAACAGCAGCCUGUUUGAUGUGAUAGGUCAAUUACAUGAGAAAAUGAUAGUAACCCCGUUCAAUUUCCUCAGCUAUAAUCUUAAUCCUCAUAAUCUGGCGCUGCAUGGAAGUCACCCACGAGUUACACAUUUUACAGUCAACGGAAUAAUGCUCUUUGGGAUCUUACAUAUUCUGGCCAUCGCUGCUGGUUUUAAACUGUUAAAGAAAUAUAUCCAUCAAUUAAUGUGGGUCAAACCAUAUUACCAUGGGUCACCUGGGCUACUAGUGCAUUCUGAGGGCAAUCCGACAUUACUGCUCUUCUAUUUUGUUCCUUUGGCGUUUCUCUCCCUGUUCAGUCACCAAGAACCUCGGUUUCUCAUUCCUCUCAUCCUGCCGUUGGUCCUGUUCAGCACGGCACAGGACAGAGCUGGGAAGUGGAAACACAUCAUUAUUAUUUUCAAUGUUCUCGGGGCUUUGCUGUUUGGGUGCUUACACCAGGGAGGACUGAUACCCUGUUUGUUUCACCUGGAGCAACUCAUGCAUUCUCCGGAGCCCUCAAACCAUCCAAGACACUACACUCUACUUUUUGCUCACACCUACAUGCCUCCUAGGUCUCUGCUUAAUAUCAAGAAGAGAGACACACAUAUAGAAGUCAUUGAUAUGGCCGGGUCUGGAGAAGAAACCCUCUGCCGGACAGUAGGGCAGCGAGCAAACAAUUUUACCUGCAAUGACUGUCAUUUUUUUGUUAUAAUCCCUGGUACAGUCAGAGCCACAAUUACAAAAUGUGGUGUCUCGUUCAAGAAUGAGACUUUGAUAUUUCCACACUUAUCAAUGGAAGACCCACCACAAAUACCCUUCCUGUUCAGUGCAAAUUGGAGAAGUCAGUUAGGACUAUACAUCCUUCAGCUAGACAGAGAUCAGCGGAGCCUUUAGAUUUUAGGAGAACAAUCUUCUAGUCUUCUAGUUUUUUCACUUUACUUGGGCGCUGCCUAGAUGUGCUGGGACACCUUCCUCUUCACAGACCAACCUUCAGCACAAGCAGCGGCGCUGGGAGCUCCCCUGAGUCUCUUUAUUCCUUUUCUUCAUGCUCUUACCCUCACCAGUAUAGCCAGUUCUGGAUAGAACCUCCUUAAAAUUUGUUAUUCAGCCCCUGUGGUGUUUCAUAUGAACAUAUGAGAUCAGAGCCCACCAAAACUGUGAUUCAAACUUAGCUCUUUCCGUGUGAAAUUUAUUUUUGAAGGUUCUUAUAAUCUCUGACAGAGGGUUUGUAGAUUUUGUGGGUUUUUUACUGAUAGUAGGCAUUAACUCAGCUGCUGGAGAGAAUCAUAGAAUCAUCUAGGUUGGAAAAGACC